GUGAAGCUGAUCAACACGACGACGCUCAAGCUAGGGGAGUUCAUGGGCCCCGCGCUCGAGUCGCUCGAAUACGCCAUCCUCUCGCACACGUGGACCGACGAGGAAGUGUCGUUCCAAGAGUUCACGUCUGAUCGCACUCCUGCCCACAAGAUUGGAUAUCGGAAGAUUGUCAAGAGCUGCGAGGUUGCCCGGUCAGCGACGUCCAAGCCGCUUGGGUACAUCUGGGUCGACACGUGCUGCAUCGACAAGUCCAGCAGCGCCGAGCUGUCCGAGUCCAUCAACUCCAUGUUUGAGUGGUAUCGCAAGUCGGCCGUGUGCUACGUCUAUCUAGCCGACGUGACUGCUGUCAACUGGACCCUGGCUGAAGACCACAAACGCUCGAGAUGGUUUUCCCGCGGCUGGACUCUACAGGAACUGAUAGCGCCCGGCGAUGUCUUUUUUUUCAACACAGACUGGGUUUUUCUGUGGUCCCGGACAGAGCUGGCCGAAGACCUCUCGCGCAUCACUUCCAUCGACUCCAGACUGCUCCACAUGUCGGGUUCGGACCACCGGGCGCGAAUCCAGAGCACGCUCAGAUAUGUCAGUGUUGCCCAGCGCAUGUCGUGGGCUGCAGGCCGACACACGACUCGGUUAGAAGAUAUCGCCUACUGUCUUAUGGGUAUUUUUGGCUUCAACAUGCCUUUACUUUAUGGCGAGGGCAACCGAGCCUUCUUCAGGCUGCAGGAAGAAAUCAUCAAGCUCCAGCACGACCAGUCGAUAUUGGCCUGG